AUGGGCAAUGUCAAAGUCAAGGGCGAGAACUUCUACCGCUCCGGCAAAAAAGUCAAGGUCCUCAAGCGCCUCACAGACGGAAAAGCACAACGCAAUGCCAAAGGCGACAUCACCAAGGCUGCCUCAUACCAGAACCGCGAAGCUCCCGUCGCUCGCGUGGAGCCAAAUCGCAAGUGGUUCAACAACACUCGCGUCAUCUCUCAGGAUGCGCUCGACUCCUUCCGCUCGGCGGUGCAGGCGCAAGCUUCGGACCCUACGUCGUUCCUUCUGAAGCAGAACAAGCUUCCCAUGUCCCUGAUUACCGACCAGAAGAACGUCAACGGUCUCAAGCAACAUCAGGCCAAGAUCGCCGUCGAGAGUCAGCCAUUCUCAGAGACAUUCGGAGCAAAAGCGCAAAGGAAGCGACCCAAGCUUGACUUUGACACUUUUGAGGGCCUAGCUGGGAGAACAGGAGAUAUGCACGACACUUAUUUGGAUCGCCUGGAACAGGCCAAACUGCUGUCGGGGACUUCUGGGCAGGAAGAGGAAGACACCGGCGAGCUCACCACUUCAAGAGAAGCCAUCUUCUCAAAGGGUACCUCGAAGCGCAUCUGGAACGAGCUCUACAAGGUUAUCGAUUCCUCAGAUGUGAUUCUUCACGUCAUCGACGCGAGAGAUCCGGUAGGCACUCGGUGCAGAUCAGUGGAGAAAUACCUCAGGGAAGAAGCACCACACAAGCACCUGGUCUUCGUCCUGAACAAGGUCGAUUUGGUGCCCAGUAAAGUUGCUGUAAGUUUUACUCUCGUUCGCGUUCCUUCUAUCCCAUCGGUCAAGUCAAAUGCCUGUCGUUCUCCAUGGACUUGCGUUGUUACAUUGAUGGAAGAUUGA